AUGCGGCAACGCGGCAUGUCUGAGAACGACUUACGGUUCAAAAAAGCAUUGGAAAAUAUGCGCUACUGCAGCUGUACCAAAGACGAUAUCGAUUGUCUGCUGUCUCGAAUAUGCCGGCCUGGGAUUGGAACAAAUCUUCUCAAAGAUGCGCGAUACAGGGCUGUCUCCAUGAUUACCGCGCGGAAUUCUCAUCGUGACGCCAUUAACUCGUUGCGUGCCAAAGAAUUCGCUCUGACUAGAGGCCUCGCGCUAACGUCGUUUGUAUCCGUAGACACUUGGGGACAAACAAAAGACCACGCCUCUAUCCGUCGCGCCCAACGCGAGUACGAUGCCAUAGUGGACCCCGUGCGCACUUCAGAUAGCAUCGGCCGAGGUAUGCAGGAAAUCCUAUGGAACCUGCCCCCUACGUUCUCUGAUCAUCACGCAGGCACACUGUCACUAUGCAAAGGGAUGCCUGUGCUCCUCAAGUAUAAUGAAGCGACCGAGUUAUGCGCGACCAACGGUGCAGAAGCCGUUGUCGUCGAAUGGCACUCCCACACUAUCCCCGGUAAUCGCCAGGUACUUGAUGUGUUAUUCGUCGAGCUGACCAGUCCUCCUCGACAGGUUCAGCUACCAAAUCUGCCCCCGAAUGUAAUACCUCUUACGCGUACUAAGAAGACCGUACGGUGUACGCUCCCCAUCGACGAUAUGCAGGUAUCUAUCGGUCGGGAACAGGUGAUGAUAUUACCCAACUUCGCGAUGACUGAUUUCGCCAGCCAAGGACGCACACGCGUCGCAAAUAUCGUCCAUCUGAAGCAUUGUAAGAAUCAUCAAUCUAUAUAUACAUGUCUCUCACGGAGCUCCUCUUUAGAGGGUACAGUCAUCUUCGAUAUGUUUGAUACUUCCAAGAUUCGAGGUGGCGCUUCUGCGGCUUUACGUCGGGAGUUCCGCGAGCUCGAAUUGCUCGAUGAGAUCACUCGACUGCGUAAAGACGGUUCGCUCCCAUCUCAUGUACGAGGCACAACACGUGGGCCACUACUCGCAUCUUUCCAAGCAUGGAAAGGUAAGCGAUAUGUCCCCUCUCACGUCCAUCCCGCUAUUGACUGGAAAAAUGCGCCCGAUAGUGAACUGUCGCCGUGCACAAACACCGAAGCCGCGUUGAAGACGCUUCUGUCGCCAGUCACUAUCACACCUGCUCCUGUGGGUGCACCGGUGCAUACAUCGACGGAGCAACAUUCUGUACCCGCGAGUUCACAGCCUCUCAAAAGACCGCGCAGUGGAGAACAAUGGGAUCCUCGUCCAAAGAAACGCAAAACAUUGAAGGAUGCAAGCGCAUACGACGCAGACAGUCUUGUGUGGGAUAGCAACGAUUGGAGUUGCGCCUAUGACUCGUUGCUGACGGUCAUGAUCAACAUUUUCGCAGAUUUCGGACCGGAGUGGUUCUCAACCGUCGCUCCAGGUAAUACAUACAUGGAUAUUAUCCGGCCGCGUCUGCCCCCUUGCUUAAACGAGGGUGGAGCAGGUGAGUCAAUGCGCGAUCUCCUCCGCGACGUCCUGUUCACAACACACCCUGAUCGAUUUCCUAGGCGUGGACGGACCAUGAUGGCCGUCUCCGAUUUGUUGGCGUGUUUAUUUUAUUGCCCUAUAUCGUUCGCUCGCAGUUCUUUGGUAUGCAGAUCCUGUACCGCGGAGAGUGUGCAUGUAGUUGAUGUUGGACGAUCAUACGCGUGGUAUCUGACACCUGCCGCAUUUAGGACAAACCAUCCGGGUCAAAGUAGCUUGACUACAAGUGAGUACGUUGAAUGCCUCCUUACAACCGGCAUAGAGAUUCACUGUCCUACGUGCCGCUCCUUGAAUAAGGUCACGACGACGCUCACACAAGCCCCACCGCUAUUGGUACUCGAAACUUCCCCCGUUGUUACCAUCCGUCCCGAAGCCAACCUCAGCCUGCCCGUUAAUGACGUCAUGCACACGUGGCGCCUUACAGGUGCGAUCUACCACGGCUUCGACCAUUUCACGUCUCGCUACGUAGAUCCCGCAGGUUCAACCUGGUACCACGACGGCGACAUCACCAAGAAUCGAUGCAUACGAGACAUAGACAUUCUAAACAACCCCGUUGCCGGUAUCGCCGCACGCGGGCGCAAUGCUACACAUUUCGUCUAUACAUCCAGCCAGUGA